AACCAAACAGCCUGGAUUUACGACUCACUCGGUCGCUCCUUGAGGCGAUCCCGUCGCUCGCCGCCGCCGCCGGGCGCGGGCUACCAUCUUCUGCAAGAGGGGAGGGGAGGUGGGUUCCCAUCGUCCGUGCAGAGAGGAGGGAACAGAAUGGGAGCAAAACCCCCAGCGUCCCAGCAGGCGUGGCGCUGGCUUCUCCGCCGCCUAGUCCGAAUAAGUGUGAGAAGAUGCUGAGAGAACAGAUGCCAGAGGAUUAGCGAGAAGGAACUCAACCGCAGUGUCCAGGGGCCAUGAGAAGCUCAUGAUUGCUGUGCCACAGAAACAUGGCUUCAAUGAUUUUGUGAAAUGUGCCAUUCAUAUCUUCAACACUUCUAUGAAGAAGCUACAACAUCCGCGAAACUAUGAGUUUUGUGCCUUCAAUGGUACUUAUGAUGAGCUAGUAGGCAAUGUGUCUUCAAGGGUGUUUGAUGGAGCAGUGGGUGACGUGACCAUAACCGCUCACAGAGCCAGGCUUGCAGACUUUACAAUGCCAUACGCUCCCUCUAGUGUGUCUUUGCUUGUGCUCGCUGACAAUGACUCGAAACCACCAAUCCAAUGGAUAUUUGUAAAGCCACUAACGAAGGAACUUUGGCUUACCACUGUGGGCUUCUUCUUCUUCACUGGUUUUGUUUUGUGGAUGAUUGAACGACCCAGAAAUCCAGAGUACCAAGGAUCAAGUUUGACACAAGUCAGCACUGCAUCGUACUUUACUUUCUCCACUUUGACGUUUUCUCAUGGCCAUAUAAUAAGAAGCCCUAUGUCAAAAAUUGUUGUUGUGAUAUGGUGCUUUGCAGUUCUGCUUCUAGUGCAGAGCUACACCGCAAAUUUGUCAUCCAUGCUCACUGCAAAAAGGCUCCGGCCAUGGGUGAGAGAUCUCAACCAGCUGGUGCGCAAUCGUAAAUAUAUUGGAUACCAACAAGGAGGAUUUAUGUACCACGUUCUGAGAAAGGAAGGAGUCGGCGACGAUAGGUUAAGGCCUUAUGGCAAUCAAACAGAAUAUGCUGACGCUUUGAGGAAUGGAUCAGUGGCAGCCAUUGCCGAUGAGAUUCCCUAUUUAUCUUAUUUCCUCUCUCACACUCAACAAAAUAAAAAAUUCGAGAUUAUUGGUCACCUGUACACGACCCCUGGAUUUGGUUUUGUGUUUCCUAGAGGCUCUCCUCUGGUGCAUAAUCUCUCAGUUGCCAUAUUGGGCCUAGCUGCAGGGAACCAUAUCUCACGAAUGGAACAUAAUUUGUUUGGCUCAGCUGCGCCAUCGACGGGUGAUGGCAGUCCGGUGGGUGAUUCUACGCCUCUCACUUUACGAAGUUUCUCUGGUCUGUUCCUCAUCUCUGGAUGUGUCUCAGCUUCCAUGCUGUUGAUAAGCAUCACCAGGUCGGUCUAUGUCAAAUACACCAGAGUGACGGGUUCUGAAUCACAAAGUGCCAACGGGAAUGGUGGAACUUUACAUCUUGGAGAACCUAGUGCACUGCAUAUCGACAUGGGCGAUAGCUCUGUGCCUGAUCAUUGCCACCAUGAAAUCAGGGAUAACGAUUCUGAGGGUGCCCCUGGGGGCAGCGUAAGCACUGGUGAUGAAGAGGCUGGUCCGAUGCAGAAUGGCAUGUACAAUUGCACUGUACCUGCAGAUCGUGUCCAGAUCGAGAUGAGCAGUACUGGCCAAGGUGUGGACAGGGCCCUGUAGCAAUUCGAAAUUGUGGAUGCAAAUGACAGUUCGUUUUUUUUGCAGAUAGUCACGAAUGUGCUGCAGAAUUUUGUGUAUACUACAGCCCAGAGCCCCAGACUGGAUUAGCCAGAUGUAGAUGUGUUAGUGACUCUCAAGACUUAUCAUUUAAUUUUUUAGGUGAUUAUCAUAUGGAAAUAUCGCUAUUUGAUGGUCUUUAUAUAAGCAAUUGAGUUGAUCGAUAGAA